AUGUUCUCUUCGCUUCUGCGAUCUUUGCCCAAACACGGGCGGAGAUGGAAACCUCUGAAUUUCUCUAAUCCGAACUUCGUUCGGAUACCCGAAGGGCACAAAAUUGAAGAAGAAACUCUACCAGACUAUACCGCCCCGCAGUAUUAUCCAACUCGAAUAGGAGAAGUCAUCAAGGAGCGAUAUCAAGUGAUCGGAAAAUUGGGAUUUGGAUCUACUUCAACUGCGUGGCUUGCACGGGACAUGGAUGGCCGUCGUUAUGUCAUGCUCAAAAUCUUCGUUCAGGCUUCGUUCAUGGGCCAGCAAGUGGAUAACGAGCUUAAUAUGUAUAGACAUAUGGAGCAAUGUGUAACUGCCCAUCCCGGUCGCGAUGUUAUAAGAACGUUGCUUGAUACAUUUUACAUCGAUGGACCUCAAGACAAGCAUCGAUGCCUAGUGCAUCCCCCACUAUGGGAGAGUGUUUUAGCUUUCUUACGCCGCAACCCAGUAGAGCGACUACCCUCACCAGUCAUCGCAGUCGUUCUUCAUCGCCUUUUUUUAGCAUUGGAUUAUCUUCAUACAGAGUGCCAGAUUGCACACACUGACAUCAAGGCCGAUAAUAUCAUGUUCGGUAUCAAAGAUGAUUCAGUCUUUACUGACUUUGAAGAAAACGAACUUCAACGACCCGUUCCGAGGAAAGAGGUAGACGCAGACGGAAGAACAAUCUACAUGUCCCAGGAACUCAAAAUACCUAAACAAGUCGGCGCUCCGGUCCUUUGCGAUUUUGGUUCGGCCAUACUCGGUACUAGCAACAAAUACCACUCGGUAUUCAUUCAGCCUAAGAUUUAUCGAGCACCGGAAGUGAUUUUAGGUGUUCCAUGGACGUAUAGCGCCGAUAUAUGGAAUGUGGGAUGCAUGAUUUGGGAUAUCUACGAAGGCGGGUCCUUGUUUACGGGCGAAGAUCCCGAAUUUGAGAGGUACCGGAGUCGAGCACAUCUUGCUGAGAUGAUCAGUCUUCUUGGUUCCCCACCUCCUAGCCUUCUUACGGGGGAGCUAAGAGACGAAUUCUUCUCAAGCGAAGGCAAGCAAGUUUCUUAUUCUUACAGUACGUCUAACCCCGCUAACAAGCUGACUCUAGGUGAUUUCCUCACUCCGGAUUUAUUGACGGAUCGGGUUCCGCUCGAGGAGAGGGAAACUACUCUCGAUGGGAAAAUGGAAGAUCGAGAGGCCUUUCUACGUUUCAUGCGCAAAAUGCUACAGUGGGAGCCUAGCAAGCGUAGCUCCGCUAAGGAGCUAGCGGAGGACGAAUGGAUACAUAGCCAUAUGUAA